UUAUUUUUCUGCCAAAAGAAACAUUUGAGGCGGUAACAGUAGCCAAUUUUCAUUGGUCGACCCCUGUGGCCAGCCUUAGGCAUGACUCAGGCCGCCACGCCACCGGCCCCCCACCGAUUAUAUAUUCAGAAAAGCGUCGAAAUUACUUCCCGCCUACUCGACACUUCCCCCACUUUCACCACUCUUGGUCCUUUGGGACAUAUACCACUUCCUCUUUUUUAUAUCAGUCCAUCUGAUAUUGCAUCGAGUGGAAAGUUAUCGCGGUUAGCGAAUUUCCGUCAUGCCCAAGAAUAAGGGAAAGGGCGGUAAGAACCGUCGUCGUGGAAAGAACGAGAACGACAACGAGAAGCGUGAACUCGUGUUCAAGGAAGAAGGCCAGGAGUAUGCCCAGGUUGUGAAGAUGCUUGGAAACGGCCGUCUCGAGGCGCUGUGCUUCGAUGGCGAGAAGCGUCUGGCGCACAUUCGUGGCAAGCUCAGGAAGAAGGUCUGGAUCAACCAGGGUGAUAUCAUCCUUCUCUCUCUCCGUGAUUACCAGGACGAAAAGGGCGACGUUAUCAUGAAGUACACUGCCGAUGAGGCCAGAAGUCUCAAGGCCUACGGUGAGCUGCCCGAACACGCCAAGAUCAACGAGACCGAUACCUACGGCCACGAAGGCUUCGAGGACAACGUCGAGUUCGACGAGGACCGCGAGAGCGAAGACGAGAAGGAGAUCGAUGUCGACGAGCUCUAAAAACCUUCAUCCCUUUGGAUUCAGCCCUGCGAGAGCUACUGGGGAUCCUGUUCGCCAGCCCCUCUUUUCUCUUUCUCAAAGCCAAGCUAUUUCCUUUCUGGGAAACCCGACAGGCUUCCUUCUGUGAAAGGUCUUUCUUGCGUCA